AUGUCAACAUCACUCAAAGCCCUCUCGAUUCUCUUAUACACCGGCGCGACACUCGCGUUUCCAGCCUCCCCGCUUUCGUCAUCUAACCUUCUUCAGAUCGUGGCACCUUCUGCUGUACCAGCAUUGUCGCUUAAUAACAUUCAUAUAGACUCACACCAUCAUCUUCCUCAAUACCUCAGUGAUCGCGAACAUGGUGUCACUUUCACUAUUUCGCCAUGCUCUCAGUCAUCAUUCAGUGAAGAGGAAGUGUUGAGAUCAUUCUCUAAGGAGGAUGCUAUCAACUUUAUUGGAAGAGACACCUCGAAGCUACUGUGGAUAUCACCUGCUAGUCACCACCUCAAUGACUUCUGUAUCAAUGCAUAUCAUGGCAGUCAAGUUAUUGCGCGCUCAGACCCGGUAUUUUUAACGGAAAAUGAAUCAAGAAAGAGAUCUGAUAGCGUUGUAGCGCAGAUGGAAGAUUUUGACUCACUGGGUACUUGGUUUGACGGUGUAAACUACGUGAAUGAGCAUUUUGACUCACAGUUGAUUGAUGUUCAGUCGAAGGAAUCAGCUGUUGGUAUUGUCGGCGCUGGUAUGAGUGGUCUUAUGACGGCACUGCUGCUUGACAGCGUUGGAAUGCACAACUGGGAAAUCAUAGAGUCAAGUGACAGGAUUGGUGGACGUCUAUACACGCAAUACCUCAACAACACUCAGCCAGACGAGUACCAAUAUCAAGAAAUGGGCGCCAUGCGCUUCCCUGUUUCGUGGGUUAGAGAUGGGGAGACUGUUGAAAUCAACGAUCACAAGCUCGUCUUCCAGCUCGGUGACUACUUGAACAAACUCAACGACAACGCUGAAGAAUGGAAAGUUGGCUUCAUACCUUGGGUCCAGUCGAUGAAGAAUAACUUCAGAGACUCUAAUGGAGUGAGAUUGACAGAUGGAUCCAUCCCGCGUGUUUCAGACAUAAACGCGAACCCAUCAUUAUCAAAGACGAGAAUUUCAGACAAGGCGAAGGAAGCGAGCGUCUUUAUUUCAAAUAUCACGGACAAUACGGAGCUCCUCGAACUCACAGCGGAAAAUGUUUUCAAGGCACACAAAAUGCAAAUCGACCUGGGAUAUGACGAUGUCAGUGAAGCAGGACUGCUGCAGAAGUAUGGUUACGACCUCAUCACUGCUCAAGAGGCACAAGGAUUUGACUUUACAUCUGUUUGGGAUAUGAUCUACGACUCCAACAACUACUUCGGUGCUACUACCUGGAAGACAAUCGAUAGAGGUCUUUCACAACUUCCAAACGCUUUUCAUCCACUUGUCGAUGACAAAGUCAGCUUUAAGAAGCGCGUCGACACCAUUAAGACGGAUGAUGGAAAGGUGACUCUGGAGUGGACAGACGAAGGCAACGGAUAUAAAAGAGAGAACAAAACAUUCGAUUACACGGUUGUUUCAUCGCCAUUUUCCGUCGUCAGGCAAUGGGACUUGCCUGUGUUUGAGGACCCUAUCAUCUCCCACGCUAUCGAUACGCUCACGUACAAUAGUGCCUGCAAAACGGCUUUACAAUUCAAGAAGCGAUUCUGGGAAGAAGGUGACAAGCCGAUCUAUGGUGGAUGCGACGACACGGACAAAUACUACGGAGUCAGCCGCUCAUGCUACCCUCCUUAUAACCUCGGAUCAGAUGGUCCAGCUGUGGUGCUCUCAUCGUACGUCUCAGGUGACCCAGCGACCAGAUUAGCUUCGUGGUCUGAAGAUAGGUAUGUCCAACAAGCCAUGGAGUCUCUGGCGUACCUCCACGGCGACCAGGUAUACGAGCAGUAUGCGGGCAACUCAGCUUACAGAUGCUGGAUUAAAGAUGAGAACUACGCCGGAAGCUGGGCAUCUCCAACGCAAGACCAACACACCAUGUUCAUUCCAUCAUAUCACAAGACACACGACAAUGUCAUCUUCGUCGGCGAACACACAUCUAUCACGCAUGCUUGGACAUUCAGUGCACUAGAGUCGGCUGUCAGAGGAUCUGUGCAGCUUUUAUUACACAUGGGACUGGUCGAUGAGGCUAAACAGAUCAACUCUCAAUGGAUGGGUAGGUGGAUAAAGAAUGUUUGA